GACACAAGUGUUGGUUAAUCGGACGAUGAUAAGCGCGUUCGUUUUGGCGCCUUUUCUCCCUCCCUUGCCUUCUCCCGCCCGAUCGGCUCCCAAACCCUAGCGUCCCAAUCUCGUUCGCUGGCUCCUCCAGCGGUGCCCCUGCGCGAAAUUCAUGGCGCAUCGCGCCGCUAAGCGCCCCAAGCUCAACAAGAGAGGAGAAGAUGACUACCUUCCAGGGAACAUCGUCGAGAUCGAGAUCCACAACUUCAUGACCUACGAUCAUCUCAGAUGUAAGCCUGGGCCACGCCUCAAUCUCGUUAUCGGGCCUAAUGGUUCUGGGAAGAGCUCCCUCGUUUGUGCCAUCGCUCUUGGCCUUGCUGGCGAGCCCCAUAUUCUUGGUAGGGCUUCCAGUAUUGGGGCGUUUGUUAAGCGGGGUGAAGAGUCUGGCUAUAUAAAAAUCACGCUGAGGGGUUACAGCGCAGCGGAGUUGUAUGUGAUUACAAGGAAGAUUGAUAUUCAUAACAAGUCUGAGUGGUCGCUCAAUGGUGCAGUGAAGUCAAGAAGGGAAGUCAUUGAAAUCAUUAAAAAGUUCAAUAUCCAGGUCAAUAAUUUGACUCAGUUCUUACCUCAAGAUCGGGUUUGUGAAUUUGCUAAGCUAAAUCCAAUACAACUUCUGGAAGAAACUGAAAAAGCUGUUGGUAAUCCUGAACUACCUGUCCAGCAUCAAGCUCUUAUUGAGAAAAGUUUUGACCUGAAGAGACUUGAACUAACUGUCAAACAAAAUGGUGAUACUCUGAAUCAGCUGAAGGCUCUUAAUGCUGAGCAAGAAAGAGAUGUAGAGCGCGUCCGUCAAAGAGAUAACCUUUUGACAAAGGUUGAGAAAAUGAAGAAGAAAUUACCAUGGCUCAAAUAUGACAUGAAGAAAGUGGAGUAUAAAGCAUCACAGAAACAGGAGGCUGAAGCUAAGAGAAAACUGGAUGAAGCUGCGAAAAUUUUGAAUGAUCUUAGUCAACCUAUUGAGGAUCAAAAGAAAGUGAAGACAAAGCAAGACUCAGCCUGUAAGAAAUUAAGCAAUCAAAUAUCUGAAAACGCAAAGGAGCGCAUGGAAGUUUUAGAAAGGGAAAGCCAUAUGGGUGUGCAAGUGCAAGCCAAAUAUGUUGAAAUGGAAGAUUUAAGGAAGCAAGAGGAAACUCGACAAAUAAGGAUCAUGAAAGCAAAGGAAGAUCUAUUUGCUGCUGAAGUAGAGCUUGCAAAUCUUCCAACUUUUGAACCUCCAAAAAAUGAAAUUGAAAGACUGAAUACUCAAAUAAGAGACCUAGAUCUCAAUUCAAAUCAAUUGGCACUACAAAGGAGGGAGAAUGAGAAUAUUUUACAUCAAAAAAGAGUAGCCUUGAACCAGUGUCUUGAUCGGCUUAAAGACAUGGAAAGUAAGAACACCAAACUUCUUCAAGCACUAUGCAACUCUGGCGCAGACAGAAUUCUGGAUGCCUAUAACUGGUUACAAGAACACCGUAAUGAGUUGAAGAAAGAUGUAUAUGGCCCUGUUCUUAUUGAGGUAAAUGUCCAGAACCGGAUGCAUGCUGCUUUUUUGGAACAACAUGUGCCAUUUUACAUAUGGAAGUCAUUCAUCACACAGGAUACUGGUGAUAGAGAUUACUUGGUAAGAAAUCUUAGAUCAUUUGAUGUUCCAAUUCUAAAUUAUGUAGGAGGCAACAGCAGUGAUAGAGCGCCAUUUCAAAUAUCUGAGGAGGUGCGCAAACUUGGUGUUUAUACUCGCCUUGACCAAGUGUUUGAUGCUCCUAGCGCUGUCAAGGAAGUUUUGAUUAGCCAAGCUGCAUUAGAGCAUUCGUAUGUUGGCACCGAUGAAACAGAUAAAAGGGCAGAUGAGAUAUCGAAGUUUGGAAUUUUAGAUCUAUGGACUCCAGAAAAUCAUUAUAGAUGGUCUGUUUCUAGAUAUGGCGGUCACAUUUCAGCAAGUGUCGAAGCAUUGCACCGUUCACGACUCUUCAUGUGCAGUUCAGAUGCUGGUGACAUAGAAAGGCUAAGGUCCAGGAAAAGUGAACUGGAAGGUAUAAUUGUAGAUCUAGAGGAGAGAAUUAAAGAAUUCCUAACAGAACAGAGACUUUUGGAAGAUGAAGCAGCAAAAUUGCGUAAAGAACGGGAGGAACUCACAAACACUGUAAAACUUGAGAAGAAAAAACGUCAUGAUAUAGAAAAUCGUGUUGAUCAGAGGAGAAGGAAAAUUGAAUCCAUGAAUAAGGAGGGUGAUCUGGAGUCAAACACCAAAAAGCUCAUUGACCAUGUGCGUCAGCUGAACGUUCAACGUUGUCACUUAGCAAUUAAAAUCAAGAAACUUCUCAUUGAUGCUGUCUCUUGCAAAUGGAGCUAUGCUGAAAAGCACAUGAAGUCCAUUGAAAUUGAGAUGAAGAUUAGGGAAUUGGAAGUCAAUCUGAAGCAACACCAAAAGUCUGCUCUUCAAGCAUCUGCACAUUUGGAAAAUUGCAAGAAAGAAACUGAACAUUGCAAGCAGCAGCUAAUAGCUUCAAAGCGUCACGCAGAAUCUAUUGCUGUUAUCACUGAAGAUCUUGCACAAGAAUUUCUUGAGAUGCCAGGAACAAUAGAAGAACUGGAAGCUGCAAUUCAAGAUAAUAUUUCUGCAGCAAAUUCAAUUUUAUGCCUCAAUCAGAAUAUUCUUGAAGAGUAUGAGAGCCGGCGACAGAAGAUAGAUGCCCUAGAAACUAAACUUGAAUCAGAUAAGGAUCAUCUGACUCAAUGCUUAUCUGACAUAGAAACUCUAAAGGGAAAUUGGCUUCCCACUCUGCGGAACUUGGUUGCCAGGAUAAAUGAGACCUUUAGUCAUAACUUCCAAGAAAUGGCAGUUGCAGGAGAAGUUUUAUUAGAUGAGCAUCAGAAGGACUUUGACAAAUUUGGGAUACUUAUAAAAGUGAAGUUCCGGCAAACAGGACAGCUUCAGGUCCUCAGUGCACACCACCAAUCCGGAGGGGAGCGUUCAGUUUCAACAAUUCUAUAUCUUGUUUCUCUUCAAGAUCUUACAAAUUGCCCUUUCCGUGUGGUGGAUGAGAUAAACCAAGGAAUGGACCCUAUAAAUGAGAGGAAGAUGUUCCAACAACUUGUGAGGGCUGCGAGCCAGCCGAGCACUCCACAGUGUUUCUUGUUAACACCAAAGUUGCUUCCUGAUUUGGAAUAUAGUGAUGCGUGCAGCAUUUUGAACAUCAUGAAUGGACCAUGGAUUGAAGAACCAUCAAAAGUGUGGAGCAGUGGUGAAUCAUGGGGAACAGUUAUGGGCUUGACUGGCUAGGCCUAGUUUACAUCUAAGCCAGGAACCACACCUCUUGUAUCAUAUUACGCUUGCUGGGAUUGGGGCUGCUCUACUAGUGGUUGAGCAGCAGCUGUUUGUUUUGUUCAUCUAUUUACAAUGACUUAAGUUUAUUAUUUUGGAAAUCAUCCAAACCAGAAUAGCUGACAAGGCUUUGAUCCCAUCAUGACCCAAAGUUCUGUAUCUAUUUCAUAUUAAUGAUGCAUCAUCCUGUCAAUUUUGUAAUGAAUGCAGUCUCAGCCUCUUAUCAUAACGAGAUCAAAUUCCACCACUUA